AGUAGCGCACGGAGGAGCUACAUGUAAACAGGCCCGGAAGCCGGAACAGUUGCUCUCCUAGUCCUGCACUCGCACCUCUUUGCCGUUUUCCUUCUCCCGUUCACCUCGCGCCGCCGCCGACCUACGCCAGUUGCACAGGUCUUCGUCGGCCGCUUUCCGGCGAAGAGCAUUCGCGCGAGGGAGGGGAUGGGGAAGAAGCAGAAGAAGCCUGGGAAGGGGAAGGAGAAGACGGAGCGGAAGACAGCCAAGGGCGAGGAGAAGCGUGCCCGCCGGGAUUCCCGCAAGGUCGGCGAGGAGGACGACAUCGAAGCCAUCCUUAGGAGCAUACAGAAGGAAGAAGCGAAGAAGGAGGUUCAUGUGGAGGAGAAUGUUCCCGCACCAUCUCCUCGGUCCAAUUGCUCGCUUACUGUUAACCCAGUGAAAGAGACAGAAUUGAUCCUGUAUGGGGGAGAGUUCUACAAUGGUAGCAAGACCUUUGUUUAUGGUGAUCUUUAUCGCUAUGAUGUAGAGAAAAAUGAAUGGAAAUUGGUAUCUAGCCCUAACAGUCCACCUCCACGAAGUGCUCACCAGACAGUAGCCUGGAAGAAUAAUAUAUACAUGUUUGGUGGGGAGUUUACUUCACCAAACCAAGAACGUUUUCAUCAUUACAAGGACUUUUGGACAUUGGAUCUGAAAACAAAUCAAUGGGAGCAGAUUCUUGCAAAGGGCUGCCCAAGUGCACGUUCAGGACACAGGAUGGUUCUUUACAAGCAUAAGAUUGUUCUAUUUGGUGGCUUUUAUGACACUCUUAGGGAAGUGAGGUACUACAAUGAUCUGCAUGUUUUUGAUUUGGACCAUUUCAAGUGGGAGGAAAUCAAGCCUCGACCUGGAUGCCUAUGGCCAAGUCCAAGAAGUGGCUUUCAACUUGCUGUUUACCAAGAUCAGAUAUAUCUAUAUGGUGGAUAUUUUAAAGAAGUUUCUUCUGACAAAGAAAAAGGAACAGUUCAUGCAGAUAUGUGGUCUCUUGAUCCUCGUACUUGGGAGUGGAAUAAGGUUAAGAAGGCUGGGAUGCCGCCUGGUCCCAGAGCUGGUUUUUCAAUGUGUGUGCACAAGAAAAGGGCUGUUCUUUUUGGUGGUGUGGUAGAUAUGGAAGUUGAAGGUGAUGUCAUUAUGAGCAUGUUCAUGAACGAGCUGUAUGGUUUCCAAUUGGAUAACCACCGAUGGUACCCGCUAGAGCUCAGGAAAGACAAGCCUGCUAAAAUCAAGGCAAGGAAUAUCAAAAGAAAAGAAUCAACGAAUGAUGUAGAAGCUAAUAUUAUUGAUGAUGAGGGUGAUGAGGUCAUGGUGGACGUAGAAGAAGCUAUUGAAGGACAACCUGAAGUCAAUGGAGUUUCCAAUCAGUUGAUCAAAACUCUGAAUAUCACUAAAGAUGGCUCAAGCAGAAGCAUUGAUGUUCUCUCUGAUUCAACAGCACAAGAAUCAUUUUUGGAGGCGGUGAAGCCCAGUGGUCGUAUCAAUGCAUGCUUGGCCGUAGGGAAAGAUAUGCUCUACUUGUAUGGAGGAAUGAUGGAAGUGAAAGAUAGAGAAAUUACUCUUGAUGAUCUAUAUUCACUUAACCUUAGCAAACUUGAUGAGUGGAAGUGUAUCAUAUCCGCCUCAGAAUCUGAAUGGUUAGAAAUUUCUGAGGAAGAGGAUGAUGAUGAUGAUGAUGAGACUGAUGAUGAUGAAAAUGAAGAGGGGGAUGCUAGCCAGACAGAUGAAGAUGAAGAAGAGUCUGAUGAAGAUGCUGCAAAGAACGUGUCCAGUGCUGUGUCUCUGCUGAAGGGUGAAAGUAAGACCAUGCGUAGAAAAGAGAAGCGUGCUCGGAUAGAACAGAUCAGGGUCAUCCUUGGCCUUUCUGAUUCUCAAAGGACUCCAGUGCCUGGAGAAUCACUGAGAGAUUUCUACAAGAGGACAAAUAUGUACUGGCAAAUGGCUGCCUAUGAGCACACUCAACACACUGGAAAGGAGCUCCGCAAAGACGGUUUUGAUCUUGCCGAAACUCGAUUCAAGGAACUGAAACCGAUACUUGACGAGCUGGCUGUGCUGGAGGCCGAGCAGAAAGCUGAGGAAGAGGCCAGUGCGUCGACUAGUUCCAAGAGGGACACCAAGAAACCCAAGCAGAAGAGCGCACGAAGGUAGCUUUGGUUCUGAACGAGUGUGUAAGCGGAAGCCAGCUUUAGAUGAAGUUGCUCCAGGAAGAGGCCAGUGCGUCAGCUAGUCCCAACUCCCAAGGUGUGAAGAGGGGACACCAAGAAAAUCCAAGCAGAAGAGUGCAGGGAGAUAGUUUUGGUUCUGAACGAGUGUUUAAGCGUAAGACGGUUUUAAACGAUUGCUCAAAUGCUCAAGUUCCUUUGAGGGGAUUUCCAUUUUCUUUUUGAACCCAAGUAGACAAAAUUGAUAUUUGUUGUUUUAUAAUAGUGUAUGUAUAUACUCGUACGUUGAAAUUUGAUUCAUGUGCAAUCUUGACCGUAUAUUCUCCCA